AUGACAGCAAACGCGAAAGCAGACUCCAAAGAUUUGUUUCAAUAUUUAGCUUUGUACGACAUAAACAGCGAAGAUCAUGAAAAUUUCGUUAAUUUCUCGAACGGAGCACCUGGAGCAGAAAGUCUUGCAGGAAUCAACCAGCUGUUAGAUAAAGCAACACGCAUCUUAUUGGCUGAUGAUGCGGAAGAGAGGUUCACAUUCCAGUAUGGGCCGUGUAAAGGGGACCCAGUCUUCUGUAGGGAGAUGGCAAAGUUUCUGUCAUCAGAAUAUGGGCACAAUGUCAGCAGGGAAGACAUUAUGGUAACAGCGGGUGCCACUCAGGGCCUGCACCUGGUUGCCACGGUGAUGUUCAACAAGGACACGCCCGUUUUCAUGGAGGAUCCAACUUACUUCUUAGCUGUGAAUAUCAUCCGGGAAGACUUCGGAAUGAAUAUCAAACCAGGUAUCAGGCUUUUUGGGGACCAUUUUGGGCGAAAUGAACUCUGUAUUAUAGUGCCAACAGACAGUGAAGGUAUCGAUACAGAGAAGCUGGAGUUAAUGCUGGUCCAACACAAGCCUGCCUCCAUGGCUGGACAGAAGACGCCGUUCUGGAGCAUGGUCUACACAAUACCCACCUUCAAUAACCCGAAAGGCUACUGCAUGUCACCAGAGCGUUUCAAAACACUUAUUCGGUUAGCAAGGAAACAUGACGUCCUGCUGUUCACGGAAGACAUUUACAACAUUUUGCAUUAUGACAACAGUCCGGUAUGCCCACCAAGACUGAUGUUGUAUGAUGAUCGGACGGAUGAAGAUUUCCAGGGCCAUGUUCUCUCCAACUGCUCGUUCUCAAAAAUUCUGGCCCCUGGACUUCGGCUGGGCUGGAUUGAGGCGUCCCCUAGGAUUAUGAAGUAUUUAGAAAAAAGUGCUACAGCCUGGAGUGGUGGGGCAUUUAACCAUUACACAUCAAAAGUGAUAGCAUCAGCCUUGAAGGAAGGCUUGAUAGCAGAGCACAUGAUUAAGCUCAGAAAAGAAUAUGGGGAGCGCAUGGAUAUAGCGUGCUCGUCCCUGAGGAAGUAUUUGCCCCAAGACGUGAAGGUAGACUACCCUAGGGGUGUUUUUUUUAUCUGGCUGGAAUUACCUCCCUCAGUGGACACAAUUCUGCUACUGAAACUGGCUGCGGAGAAGUACAAAACCAACUUCAUAUUUGGUGCAAGAGGCCGACGGGGCAGAUGGCGGGCUCGCCCAUAUGGUCGUAGAACAUACGGCUCCAGCAGACAGGCGGAAGUGACUGACUAUGCGCAGUUUGGCCAUAAACAUGAAUUCAAAAGCCAGAAGAAGUCAAGCACAACUGCGCCUCAAGCCCCAAACUAA